ACUAGAGCGCAGGCGGGCUCAGCCCCGGCGCCGGGCCGGCCCCGCCUCCGGGGCGCCUGGCGCCCGCCCCUCUCUCAAGCCCCGCCUUUCCCCACGUGUCUGUCGCCGAGGGGAGGUGCCUGAGCCCGAGCGGGCCGCCACCGGCCCGACCCGGUCCCUCGCACAAGAGUCGGCGGCGCCCGGGAGCGGCCCGGCUGCCCGAUGCUUCAGCCCUGGCUGCGGCGGGCCGGGCUGUACGUUUAGUGCCCGGCGCAGGCCCCCUGAAGCUCCCGCGGGGGUGGGAGCGGCCUCCGCCCCGCGGAGACUGAGCGGCUCGAGGACGAGGCGGCGGCCGCGGGGAGGAUGGGGGCUAACCAGUUAGUGGUGCUCAACGUGUACGACAUGUACUGGAUGAAUGAAUACACCUCAUCUAUUGGAAUUGGAGUUUUUCAUUCAGGAAUUGAAGUAUAUGGAAGAGAAUUUGCUUAUGGUGGCCAUCCAUAUCCUUUUUCUGGAAUAUUUGAAAUUUCCCCAGGAAAUGCUUCUGAACUAGGAGAAACAUUUAAAUUUAAAGAAGCUGUUGUUUUAGGGAGCACUGACUUCCUAGAAGAUGAUAUAGAAAAAAUUGUAGAAGAACUGGGAAAAGAAUAUAAAGGCAAUGCAUAUCAUUUGAUGCAUAAAAACUGCAAUCACUUUUCUUCAGCUUUAUCAGAGAUUCUUUGUGGGAAAGAGAUUCCGCGCUGGAUCAAUCGACUUGCCUACUUCAGCUCCUGUAUACCCUUUCUACAGAGUUGCCUCCCAAAGGAGUGGCUCACUCCUGCAGCCCUGCAGUCUAGUGUCAGCCAAGAGCUCCAGGAUGAACUGGAAGAAGCAGAAGAUGCUGCAGCAUCUGCUGCCAUGGCAAGUGCUACAGCAGGCUCCAGACCCGGGCGCCACACUAAACUAUAAAUGUCUCCAAAGUCACACCUUCAGAACUGUCACUGGCAGUUGAAUAUCACUAGAGAAAAGUAAACAGAGUAAGCAUCCUUUGGAUAUUUCGUAUGCAAAGAUGGCUCUCCCCCAAAUCCCAGUUUUUCAGCUCAGGAUUAUAUUUGUAAUCAAAAACAAAUCACUUGGCGCAGGAGGGAGAACUUUGUAUGAAGCUGCCCUCGGUUUUUUUUACCCACUUGUAAAUUUGGAGUUACUUCUUGUUUUAUACAAGCUCUGUUAAGUUAUGUUUACAGUAUUUUGUAUUGCUGUUUACAAAUCUUGCAUGGACUUCUGCCACCGUGAAAGAAGAAAAUCUUCGUCUUCAAAAAUUAGGCAGGUAAUCUUUGUACACUUCCUGAUAAAUACCAGAGCUACAGCAUAAAUUUUAGGCACACAAAAAGGUACUUACACAAUUAUAGUUACCAUCACCUGCUUAAGAAUUGUCUUUUAGACUUGUUUUUGUUUUAUUAACAUUUUUGGCACCAGGAUGCAGAGAACCAAACUGGCCUGAUAUGAAGGAGCACAUACAGCCCCGAGGGCUCGGGACCCUGGGUCAGUUCCUUUUUACACUCCUCCCACUCUGAGUAGCACAGCUCCCAAGGUGCCCAUGGAACCAUUGGUUUCAUCCCAAAUAUCCAUCCACCUGGGCAGGGUGGAGUUCUUGUGUCUGUCUGGCUUUGAUGCCUCUGAUUCUAUAAUUAAGAUGUUUUUGUUGAAGAUAGUCUUCUUGUAACUGACAAGUGUUUUUGCACAUGUGUUGGGGGAGGGGUUUCACUUUCAUUUUAAUACAUUAUAAUUUCCUCCCCACACAGGUUUUUGUUGAUGGGGUAGGAAUAUCCUAAGUGGUAGCCUUCGAGUAGCAGUUUGAGUUGACAUUCAACUGCUCUUAACUAUUCAGGCUGCCUUUUAUACUAGACCUUGAAAACUAGAGUCUAAAGAAACACACCCCAAAAAAGGUAAUUCUUUGAUAUUUCAUACUUUUUUAUGUACUAUAUCAGAAAGAGUAUGUCAGAGUUUGUUAGUUUGUCUUGGGAGUAGUUUCACCUCAUAAUAGAAUGCCUGUUCUCAUUGACCUCUUACUAAAACCAUAUUUGUAUGUCUCAAAUUUAUCUAUGUUCUUUCAAAUGUCUGUCUCUUACCUAACAUACUCUCAGAAUGAAACUGUUGCCACAGACAAAUCCUCAUAGCAAGGAAGAGCUGUCUGCUCGAGUCUACUCCCAGUUUGACCCUUGGAUGUAAGAAGCAAGUCAUUACAUGUCAAAUUCAAUUUUUCUGCCUUAAGAAUGAAUGUCCUAGGUAAAAUAUUGGAUGUAGUAUAUAAAUGAUCCAAGGCAGUGACUUCAGCUUUAUAUAUAUAGUUAGUUUUGAAGUUAUUUACAUUUAUUUAAACUUUCAGAUUCAAUUAUUUACUAUUGCUCUAUGUGACUAUACAUAGCUUUCAGUAAACUACAUUUUUAACUUUUACAUAAGCUAAUUUUGAUUGAUUUUUAUCAACUUAAGCACACCCUCUUAAUAGGGAAAAUAAACCUUGGGUUAUAAGCAUUAGCCUGAGGAAAAUGAAGCCACUCUACUUUUUGACUGUUCUGUUUCCAGAGAGGAAAGUCUUUACAAAUUACUCUCAGUAAUUUAAGCACCUCUUUCAAAGAUGUGAUAGAAAGAAAUAUAUGAUCUUUAUGAAGUGUUGACUUGAAAAAACAUUAAAGCUCUAACAGGAAGUUGUUCACUGAAAGUACCAAAACCCAUGUUAGUAGGAAAUGUUUGAUGCAGUUGGCUUGGGAUUUUUAUAACAAUGUGGAUUACAGUUUUCUAAUCUAUUCAAAUGUACAUGUUUUAAACCUGGGUACUGACCCACAGGACUAGGCAUUAGUUGGAUACCUCUUGGUGAACAGACAGAAACAUCCCAUCUGUGUUUAUCCAUAUUUCGGCAACACAGCACACAAAUGAAUUUAUUGUUAUUUUGUUGUAUUUACUUUCAUCUGCAUCUGCAGCAUUUGGAGUUUAAAAAUAGUAUAAAGGGUCAUUGUAGAAAUAAUUAGUGGCCUUGGGCCACACUAUCAGCAGAUAAAAUUCUGGACCUGAGGUUCCUUGCAAUCUAAUUGUACUUGAGUUUGAGAGAAAGAAAUAUAUGUUACUUCAGAAAAUCUCUGAAGGUCCUUCUCUACAGUUCAAAUUGAGAAUGAAUUUAAUUAAUUUAACCUACUUUUCCUCACCCUUAGAGGAAACAAAUCUUGUUCUCAAUCUGAUCUCUAAGAAGAAAUCUCAUGUCAAAAAUCUAGUUAUUAAUAUACAUGCAAUCAGUUUAGUGGAAUAUACUUUUUGUUGUAACCAAGUGAAACAUAUCUCUCCUGGUGGGUUAGACGGUAAUAAUAGUAUUAGGUCAAAAGUUUCUGGUUUCUGCUGUUUGUUUUAAAUACCCUAGGGGUUCUUUAACCCUAAGAAGGGAGCAUCAGCUUUGGAAAGUGUGACGUGUGGAAGUGUAGAAGGCGGUGUACAAUCCUAGAGCGCCUCCACUUGACGCCUGAACUCCAGCCAACUAUUGCUCUGACCCACAGCAAUAGCAUAAGUUACCCAUCACCAGCAUUUGUACAGAGCAGGGAAUUCUGGUUUUAGUCAAUUGAUAGCAUUGUGUGUAUGGGGAGAUUCAGCACCACAGACAGCUGCAGGACUAUUUCCAUGGCUUCUUCCAUCACAAAACGGGUAGAAACACAUUCGCUGCUUCAGGGUUCUAAUCUGUAUGUUUUAUGGCUCCAUUUCUGUAAAAUACCCUUUAAUUUUGAUACAUGCUAUAUUUUCAUUAAAUGACUAAGUUUAAAAGAUUUCAGAUUUAUUCAACAAGUUGGCCAUCUGCCAUUGUAUCCUCUUUUCUUCAGUAUGUUUUAAGAAUGCAGCUCAAUUGUUAGACUUUAAUUGUCUACUCGGUCCAUACACAUACAUCUUUACUAUCAAAAGGUGUUACAGCUGUCAAAGAAUCUUCAUAGACCUGAAGAUAAUUUCUUGUGAAGUUGAAUGCAAACGUACUGUCAUUCAUAG